AUGGAAGAAGAGAGAAGAGAGGUUUGUAUGAACGGUGAAGAAAAUGAAGCAGAGAUUGUUAAAGAUGAAGACAAACUCGCUUUGCAAUUUCUGGAUUCACUUCAUAACUAUCUAUCCCUCGCUGGUUCUCUCUCUUCCACGCUUCGACAGGGAUGGCUGGAGUUAGCAAGUGCUAGACAUUCUAUGGGUGCUUCACGUGUUAAUAGUUCUUUAUUGGACCUGAAACUCCAUCCAGCUGCUACAACAUUGAAAAUAACCGGAAAUGAUGGUGAACAACCACAAUUCACGUUGCAGAAAUGGGUAUCUUCUGAACAUCAAAGUACUCAAUUAGAAGACAAAAAUGAGCAGCCACAAGAAAGUGACUUGAAAUCGUCUGAUAAUGAUGAAGUUCAAAAGGAGCGACACAAGUCCUUAUCAGUUUUCGGAGUUUUGAUUUCCCCAAAGCUUCGGGACUCCCAGCUGUCAUUUGAGAAAGCACUAGAGACGCUCGUUGAAAUAGCAAAUAUGCGAUCAGCAUUGUUACACUCUUUUCACCAACUUCAUCAAGAGGUGGAAGAUACCAAAGAAUGA